AUGCCCAAACGCAGAUGCCACAACACGGACGCCAAAACAGGAACACCAAAACAGGAACGCCAAAACGCGAACGGCAAAACGCGAACGCCCGAACGCGAAUGCCAAAACGCCCAAACGCCAACGCCCAAACACGACCGCCCAAACACGACCGCCAAAACACGACCGCCUAGACACGACCGCCAAAACACCAACGCCCGAACACCAACGCCCAAACACCAACGCCCAAACACGACCGCCAAAACACGACCGCCAAAACACCAACGCCCAAACACCAACGCCAAAACACCAACGCCCAAACCCCAACGCCAAAACGCGAACGCCAAAACACGACCGCCAAAACACCAACGCCCGAACACCAACGCCCGAACACCAACGCCCAAACACGACCGCCAAAACACGACCGCCAAAACACGACCGCCAAAACACGACCGCCAAAACACCAAAGCCCGAACACCAACGCCCAAACACCAACGCCCAAACACGACCGCCAAAACACGACCGCCAAAACACCAACGCCAAAACACCAACGCCCAAACCCCAACGCCAAAACGCGAACGCCAAAACACGACCGCCAAAACACCAACGCCCGAACACCAACGCCCGAACACCAACGGCCAAACACGACCGCCAAAACACGACCGCCAAAACACGACCGCCAAAACACCAACGCCCAAACACCAACGCCCAAACACCAACGCCCAAACACGACCGCCCAAACACCAACGCCAAAACACCAACGCCAAAACACCAACGCCCAAACACCAACGCCCAAACACCAACGCCAAAACACGACCGCCAAAACACCAACGCCAAAACACGACCGCCAAAACACGACCGCCCAAACACCAACGCCCAAACACGACCGCCCAAACACGACCACCAAAACACGACCGCCCAAACACCAACGCCCAAACACGACCGCCAAAACACGACCACCAAAACACGACCGCCAAAACACCAACGCCCAAACACCAACGCCCAAACCCCAACGCCAAAACGCGAACGCCAAAACGCGAACGCCAGCAGAAUCUGUGUAAGUUGCUGCUCUGA